AUGGCAUCCCGGCUCGCGAUUCUUAUCGCCGUUCUGGCAAUGGCGGCCGCUGCGCACGCCGCAAAGCCAGCUGCCAAGCCCUACCCGCAAGACCUCAAGGGCCUAUGCACCAAGGGCGGCUGCGACUACACCUCCGGCUCGUUCGACUACUGGACGGUUAGCACCAUUACCCCAACCAGUCGGCUAUCAAUCCCGUGUGCCUCUUGGCAGAAUCGCCUCGCCCUUCCCCUCGUCCCUGUCUCUGGACCCGACUUCCUCCCGCUCAUGGCCCGCGCUCAUUUUCUUCUGCCCCCUUCCGCAUCAUCCCGCCUUCCCCACGCGCAGAUCCCCGAAUACGGCGCGUGCGUGAGCUCCCCGCCGUCGUCGUCGAAGCCGUACUGCGCGGCGGGCAGCAUUCACGCCAAGGCGUGCUGCAACAAGUGCAGCAACACCACAGGCACCACCUCCUUCAACUGCCGCUUCUGGGUGCAUAUCCCUACUCUCCAUUGCCCUUCCCAAUACCAGGUUAUCCUCUUCCUCUUCCCCAACCCCCCUUUCGCGUUCGCAUUUCCAUUAGUAAUUUCCCCCUUUGCCUUCAAGCCGUACCGUUGCCUCUCAAGUACUCAUAACAGCCUUCUCUCUCGUUUCCUCUCGUUCCCCUCGUGCGUUGAUUCUACCCCUCGUCCCCUCGUAGAUCCUCCGGAGGAAGCUCCGACACUUGCUCCGGAAAGCCUUGCGGCAAGUGCAUCCUGCUCCCCGCAAUCGACGGCAUCGAGCCCGUGA